UGUCGGACCCGCCCAGUCUGAGCUGGGAGCUCCUCCUGCUCUUCCUCUCCCUCCUCCUCCUCAGACCCGAUGAGCAGCCGGACCGAGCGGAGGAUGUUGUCACCUCAUUCUGCUACCUCCCCUCCCACCUCCUCAAGCUCCCCUAGCACAGUGACCUCUGACUCCAGAUAUGUUGCCAUGGAGACCUACUGGAGAGAGGUACAGAGCAUUGAAGAGGAGCAGGAGGGGGAAGAAGAGGAAGAGGUAGAAGAGGAGAGGAAGAGCAUGGAUGAGGUGGAGCUGGAGGAGGCAUGGCUGACGGAGGCGGGGCUUUCCUCCCUGGUCGUGGGCUCUUCACAAACAGAGACGCCACCUGUGGUGGAGGCAGUGCUGUCCACGUUGACACGGCAACAAGCUGCUACGGUGAGGAAGAGGCUGGACAACUACAAUGAGACGCUGAGGAAAAGGAACCGGCAGCCAAUCAGAGACGUGCGUGACGUCUUCACCGAGCCCGAGACAGACUCUGCAGACCCAAGCCCGUUCCCGACCCAACAGCAACCAGAGCCGCCUCCACGGCGGUACCACACCACAACCAAGACCAUCCGCCGCAGCACAAACAGAGGGCGGUCCACUCUUCCCAUGUUUGUUUUCGAGGACCAGCUCCAGGAAGACCCGUCCUCCCCCGCGCCCACUCCCUCCCCCUCCUCAGCAGUGAGUCGGCUGAGAUGUGCUGAUUGGCUGCUGCGCGACACUCCGUACUCGGAGGGCGUGGCAGAGCACAAAUGGGGCGGGACAUGCAGGGAUUGCAUCCGUUUCCAUGGAGAUGAGAGCAGUGAGCUGCAGUUUGCCCCCGCCUCUCCGUCACAUGGUCUCACCUGUACAGACGACCUGUCAUCACGCGACCUCACACGCCUCGGCUUCAUCGCUCACAUCGAACUCUCCACCUUCCUGCUGGCUCUGGGAGUCCAAAGCAAACGCAGCCGGCUGCCGCACCGCAGGACUCGGGACAGCGGCGUGUUCGGCGUCUCGCUGAACUCUCUGCUGGACAACGACAGGAAGAGGUUUCCUGGAGUCAAAGUGCCCGUCUUCUUCCAGAAGUUGUUGGGCGUCUUGGAGCAAAGCGGUCUGCAGACUGAAGGAAUCCUUCGAGUUCCAGGAUCAGCUGCCAGACUGAAGUUCUUGAGAAGAGAGCUGGACCGGUGCUGGAGCGCCUUUGACUGGACCGACGUGCGGCCAGUGGAUGCAGGCGGACUGCUGAAGCUCUUCAUUAGAGAGCUGCCGACGCCGUUGCUGACACACACACACCUGUCCACCUUCUGCUCUGUUCUGGGCGUGUCCUCUGAGGUCCACCAGGUCCAGGCUCUGCAGCUCCUCCUCCUGCUCCUUCCUGAAGCUCACAGAAACACGCUGAGGGCCCUGCUGCUCUUCCUCCGGAAGGUGGUCUCUCAUCAGGACCACAACCGGAUGUCUCUGUGGAAUGUCUCCAUGGUGAUGGCUCCCAACUUGUUCACUCGCCAAAACCAUGGCAACAAACGCUCCAUCACCAAGCAUCAGGAGGAGAUGGAGGAGGCGAUGGGCGGAGCACGGCUGAUCGGACUCAUGAUCCGGCACCAGGACCUGCUAUGGACCCUCCCGAAGUUUCUCCUGGCCCAGGUGAGACAGAUGAACCAGGCGUCCAGUCAGAGACAGUUCAACCUGAGCAGGACAACGUCCCGACUGCUGAGGAGGAAGAACGACAGGAAGCAGGUCAGCGAGCUGUCUGAAGGGGUCAUCCGGGUUCACGCUCCGCUGCACACCAAGGUUUCCAUGGCAAUCCAGCUCGAUGAACAGACGACCGCCAGAGACGUGACGACCCGUUUCCAGACUGAGUCCAGCCCCGCCCAACACCUGUACGAGGUCGGAGGAAACAUCUAUGAGCGCCGCCUGCAGCCGGACUGCUGCCUGCUGGACGUCUACAGGGUCAACCCUCGCUGUGAUUGGCUGAUCAAGCCCUGAGCUCACCUGUCUGUUACCUGCUCAUGCUGUAAUAAAAGCCUGAACCUGG